AUUUCCUGGUUAAACAUGGCGGAUGAGAAUGAGACAGCACCGAAGCCGGAGGAAAAAGCGGAGCUAGAAGAGGACCACGGACACUGCAGCGACUGCGAAAAUGAAGAGCAUCAUUUUGACGAUGGGGAAAAAGGUGACACAGGGGCCAAGAAAAAGAAAAAGAAACAAAAGAAAAAGAAGGACAAGUCUGGAGGAAAGGACUUAGCACAGGACCCAUUGGCCAAAGUAAACUCCCUACCUGCCGAGAAGCUUCAGGAGAUCCAGAAAGCCAUUGAGCUCUUCUCUGUGGGACCAGGACCAGCCAAAACCAUGGAAGAGGCCUCACGCCGCAGCUACCAGUUCUGGGACACUCAGCCUGUCCCGAAACUAGGAGAGACGGUGACAUCACAUGGCUGCAUUGAGCCUGAUAAAGAUAACAUCCGGGAGGAGCCCUACAGCCUUCCUCAUGGUUUCAGCUGGGACUCGCUGGACCUGGGCAACCCUGCCGUGCUUAAGGAGCUGUAUACCCUCCUAAAUGAGAACUACGUGGAGGAUGAUGAUAACAUGUUCCGCUUUGACUACUCACCAGAGUUCCUGCUUUGGGCUCUGCGCCCCCCAGGCUGGUUGCCACAGUGGCACUGUGGAGUGAGGGUGAACUCUAACCAGAAACUAGUGGGCUUUAUUAGUGCCAUCCCAGCCAACAUCCGCAUUUAUGACAUAGAGAAGAAGAUGGUGGAGAUUAACUUCCUGUGUGUGCAUAAGAAGCUACGCUCCAAGCGUGUGGCUCCUGUCCUGAUCCGAGAGAUCACCAGACGGGUCAACCUUCAGGGCAUCUUCCAGGCUGUCUACACUGCGGGAGUGGUACUGCCCAAACCAGUGGGCACUUGCAGGUACUGGCACCGCUCUCUGAACCCACGGAAGCUGAUCGAGGUGAAGUUUUCACACCUGAGUCGGAACAUGACUAUGCAACGCACCAUGAAGCUCUAUCGACUGCCAGAGGCUCCCAAAACUUCGGGCUUGAGGCCGAUGACGGUGAAAGACGUCCCAGCUGUGCACCGUCUGUUGCUUGACUACUUGCGCCAGUUCCAUCUGGCACCUGUUAUGAACCUGGAGGAGGUGAAGCACUGGCUUCUGCCUCAGGACAACAUCAUUGACACUUACGUGGUAGAGAACACGGAGGGGAAGGUGACUGACUUCUUGAGUUUCUACACCCUGCCAUCCACCAUCAUGAACCACCCAGUGCACCGCAGUCUGAAGGCAGCUUACUCCUUCUACAAUGUGCACACCAGCAUACCGCUGCUCGAGCUGAUGGGAGACGCGCUCAUCCUAGCCAAGUCGAAAGAAUUUGAUGUCUUUAAUGCACUGGACCUGAUGGAGAAUAAAACGUUUUUGGAGAAGCUGAAGUUCGGCAUUGGAGACGGGAACCUGCAGUAUUAUCUCUACAAUUGGAAAUGUCCCAGCAUGGGCCCAGAGAAGGUUGGUUUGGUCUUGCAGUGACCCUCUCCCAUUAUUAAGCCCUUCCUUACGUCAUAGUGAAGCCAAGUUAUGACAUCAUGCACUGACCACCUGAGCGAUACUACAGAGGGACUUCCAGGUUUAGGAAGAAAAAGCCACCGCCCAUUUUCUCUUUUUUUUUUUUUUUUUUUUUUUUUUUUUUUUUUUUUUAAUUUCUUUUUUAUUUCUUUUUGACAUUUGAACUUUGACCAUGUGGACCUGCACUACUCCUGCCAGGCCAAGAGAGGGGAGGCUCUCUCCACUUUUCUGUCUUGCUUUCUUUUUCUUUUUAUCCCCCUCUUUCUUUCUUUAUUUCUUCUCUUUUCUCUUGUCUUUCUUUCUCUUUUUUUUCUUUUUACCUCCCUCAGCACAGGGAUCUAAAGCCACUGUAAUUGCCAUCAUCAGACAAGAACAGCAAACGGUUGCGAUUGUCGAUCGCGUCAUGAGUCGAGAGUUGUAACACGCACUCAAACUGCAGAUGCUCCCUCACACAAAACUCCCAUCAUGCCCUGAAACAUUAAUAACAUUCUGCUCACAUGCUGACACAGUCGACAGACUCCGUACAGCAGUUUUUUCCCCGUCCAAGUAUGCUUUUGAGGUGCUUUUGCAAGAAAGAAAAAACAAAACAAACAAAAAAAAACUGUGACAACAUUGUAACAAAACAAUCAUACAACACCAGAGAAUACCUUAAAGAGAAAGCCAACAAGAAUCAAAUAAGGUGUUAAAGACCCAAAGUGGACAUUACAAGGGCUGCUGUGGAUAAUUUAGCUUUUCUUGUUUAGCUGUUUCACUCUCUCUGUUAUUGUCAUGGGAUUGUCAUUGUUUUCCAGUUCAUUUUGACUAAUUAAUGUGGUACUUACUGCAAGGGAGAGAUCUUUCUCUGUUUUUUCCUCUUUUUUUUUUAAUUUUUUUUUAGUCUUUUUGCUUUUCAUAUGUUUCUUUCUAAUUGAUGGAUCGCUGCUUCAUCACUAACUGCCUGUGAUUCCCGUUCACUGUAAUGCCAACAGAGAAGCCCUGUGUACAUAACCCAAUAACAAGUAACAACAAUGUAAUAUCACAAAAACAAUGACCGCUAGGUGUCCAGAUUGUGGACCUAUGGACUAAUGAUAACUAAAGAGGGCGAUUCAUGACCAAGACAUGAAUCAUGAAUGAGUGUGGUGGGGGGCAGGAGACGGGUUUUUGGGGGGUUAAGUAUUUAAUGUAUCUGAGAGUAAAAUAUGAUUUUUGUGGGGUUUUAUUUGCUGGGGUGGGAGGUGGUAAAAUCUAAUGCACUCACAUGAUUGGCAAUUCCUCAUAAAAUUCUACUGCUGUAGGUAAUCAGUGUCCUAGAGAUUAAAGAGAAUAUUCUUUGAGUUGGUUUGCCGAAAUUUGUUCCCUUCCAUGGUUCAGUGUUGUAGAUGAGAAGCAAUGAGCUGGUACAUGUUCUGAAGAGCAGCUAUAGCAGUAGAGUUUUAUGACUAUUGGCCAGUGUCUGUUGGGUUUCUCUUGUGGACAGAAUAGAGAUGUUAUCAGAUGAUUGGAACAAAUGGAUCAGGACAAAAAUGCCUUGUGUGGUCUUUUGGUUUUCAUGAUGGAGAGGAAAAAACUGUCAACAUGGAGAUUUUUUUUUGUGUUAAAUAAAGUAGACAUUGCUGUGAGGA